AUGUGGGUGACUUGUACAGCUUUUGUUCUGCUCAUCCAAACACUCCAGUGUUUGGCUUCAGAUGAUUCACCAUUUCAACUUACUAACAAGGCCACAGGUUUUUGUUUGGUUAAAGCUCAUGACUAUUGCUUAGAAAUACGCUGGACAACUGGUGACCGACUUCUGGUUCCCUGGAGGAACAAGUGCCUGGGAGUCCAAGGGAAAAGUGUUGGAAGUGAAAUAAGUGUCUACGACUGUGACGAAAACAGCGAACUCCAAAAAUGGGAAUGCAAGAAUGGAACACUGCUCGCCCUCAAAGGCCAAGAGCUUUACAUUGAGCUCACUGCAGAUAACACAGCUAUUCUCUCUAAAACAAUAGGACCCAACAACCACCUUACAAUUUCAGGGACAUCCAGUGGUGCUUGCACAAAAACAUACAGAGCACUUUACACCAUUGGAGGAAAUGCAUAUGGCCAACCUUGCAUGUUUCCCUUUCUGUACAAAGACCAUUGGUACAGUGACUGCACUAAGGCUGACUCCCGUGUACUUUGGUGUGCGACUCAAACAAAAUAUGAAAAUGAACUCUGGGGAUUUUGCCCAACUAAUAGCAAAACAAGCUGGGCCAAACACUCAACAACAGGAGAUUCGUACCAGUUAAACACACAGUCAGCUCUGACUUGGUCCCAGGCUGAAGCCAGCUGCAAACAGCAGGCUGCUUCCCUGCUCAGCAUCACUGAUCCAAAUGAGCAGGCUUAUAUCACAGCACUACUGAGUCAAGGUGGCAGGGGACUGGGAAACAAGCUUUGGACUGGGCUUAUCCUCGAUCCAGAACAUGGCUGGCAGUGGUCUAAUGGAGAGCCCUACCGUUAUCUGAAUUGGGACUCAGGACAUCCACUUUCCAGUCCAGGACAACUCUGUGGAAUUGCCAAUGGUGAGGUAAUGUACUCCUGGCAAAGUUCACUUUGCAACAAGAAACUGGGGUACAUUUGCUACAGUAAAGGGGUUGUGGCACGUCCUACCACAGCUGAUACGAGAGGAUUUUGUUCAAGGCCUUGGAUCCCUUACAAUAACCACUGUUUCCACCUCAAUCGUGCUAAGAAAAGUUGGUCUGAUGCUCAGAGAGAGUGCCGCAAAGAAGGAGGGGACCUAGUGAGUAUCCGCAAUGUGGAGGACCAAAGCUUUGUCAUCUCUCAACUUGGAUACGGACCCACUGAUGAACUUUGGAUUGGGAUGAAUGACAGGAAGAAAGAAGGGGUCUUUGACUGGAGUGACCACUCUACUGUCCGCUUCACCAGUUGGGAAUAUGAGUCACCAUCUAUCUCUACUGACCAAAAAGACUGUGUUCUCAUAAGAGGAAAGAUUGGAAACUGGGCUGACCGUGUGUGUGAGGAGAAACAUGGCUUCAUCUGUAUGAAAAUGGGUGACUCUGAACCCUCUGGAGAUGAAGUGGAUCAGAACUUAGGCUGCAAAAAUGGUUGGAAAAGACAUGGCUCCUAUUGCUACUCUGUAGGGACAAAGACAAAGACAUUUGAUGAAGCCAAAGAUGACUGCAAGAGUUCAGACUCUUAUUUGGCUGAUAUUUCAAAUGGGGUGGAUAAUGCGUUCCUUGUCAGUUUGGUGGGAUUGAGACCAGAGAAAUAUUUCUGGCUGGGGCUCUCAAAUCAGAGAAACAUUGAUGAAUUUGUGUGGACCAACACAGACAAUGUGAGAUUUACUCACUGGAAUGCUGAAAUGCCAGGUCACCAACAGGGCUGUGUUGCCAUGACAACUGGCAUUUUUGCUGGACUCUGGGAUGUGUUGCCCUGCACCAACAAAGAAAAAUAUAUUUGCAAACACCUGGCAGAAGGGGCAGUUUUAACCCCUGCUCCACCAACUGUUCUUCCUCCCAGCUGUGCAGAGGGUUGGUUUCCAAUUGGACCAGGAAACAAGUGUUAUAAGUAUUUUACAGAGUCCUCAAGAAUGACCUGGUAUGAGGCAAGAGAUUACUGCAGGGCAACUGGAGGAGACCUGCUCAGCAUCCACAGUGAGGCUGAGAUACAAACGAUACACGGCCAUAGUAAAGUCUGGAUUGGACUUAAUAUCCCUGACCCAAUCACUGGUUAUGUAUGGAGCGAUGGAUCCUCAGUAAACUUUCAACACUGGCAGGAUGGUGAGCCAAACAAUCAAAAUAAUGCGGAAUCUUGUGCUGAAAUGCAUGUAUUUAUGAAGAUGUGGGGCAGUACGUGGAACGAUGUGCCCUGUGAAAUGUACAAGGGAUUUCUGUGUCAGAUCCGUGCAGGAGUGACUCCAAAGACUCCAGACACUAUCAAUCCUGACGUUAAUAUUACCUCAGAUGGUUGGCUUGAAUGGAACGGGAAUCAGUAUUAUAUACAGGAAGAUAGACAGGCCAUGGAGGAUGCUCGUAAGUUCUGCCAAAAGAGGCAUGGUGACUUAGUAUCUAUCAACAGUGAAGCUGAACGUGUCUUUUUGUGGAAACAGAAGUCUAGAAGAUAUGGGACUUUUUGGAUAGGCCUUAAUGUGGAGCUUGAUGGAACAUAUGAGUGGAUGGAUGGCUCUCCAGUGGUGUUCCAAAAGUGGGCUGAAGGUCAGCCUGACUUCAAGAAUUAUGAUGAAAACUGUGCUAUUAUGAAUUAUUAUACUGGAUUCUGGCAUGAUUAUAAUUGUGGAAAUGAGUACGAGGCCAUUUGUAAACGUAGUGGCUCAACACCUGCCAACACCACUGUGGCACCCACAGUGCCUCCUAAAGGUGGCUGUCCGCCCCAAUGGAAAAAGUUUAACUCUAAGUGUUACAACAUCAUCAGUCAGAAAGUCACAUGGGAUGGAGCAAGGAAACAAUGCCAAGCAAUGGGUGGUAACUUGGCCUCUAUUCCCUCAAGACAUGUGAAUGUGUUUUUAAUGACUCAAAUGGCUGACACACCUACUACAGACCUUUGGAUUGGGCUUCAUGAUUUAUAUGAUACUGGAUUUUACUGGACUGAUGGGCAACCACGGUCAUAUUACAACUUUGAACAAAAAUGUGUUGUGCUCAAAAAUUCCUUACCUGGCCCUGGGAAAUGGAUAAAACAGUCCUGCAAUGAAACCAAUGGGUUUGUUUGUCAUCGAAGUAUUGAUCCAUCAUUCCCAGACUCAGCAGACCCACUGUUUACUGACUAUGUCAAAUUGGUUAAUGACUCCAUGAAGGUUGUUACUCAAAAUAUGACCUGGGCUGAAGCCAAGAGGCAUUGUGAGGGAGAUGGGGCCAAACUUGUUAGCUUAAAAGAUGAGUGGAAACAGGCCUAUGUUGAGCUGAUGGCUUUGAAUCUCCAAGCUCCUCUGUGGAUUGGACUGAACAAAAUGGAGACCGAUGGGUAUUUCAGAUAUAUUGAUGGCUGGCCCAUGACCUUCACUCGCUGGUAUUGGGGAGAACCAAGGAGCGACCGACCAUGUGUGUACAUUGAUGUGAAUGGAAAAUGGAAGACAGCUCUCUGCAAUCAGACCAUGAACAGUGUUUGCAUGAAGUCUACAGAUGUGCCACCAACAGAGUCAAGUGAAUUUCCAGGAGUUUGCCCUGAAAUCCCAAGUUUACCAUUUGGCCAGAAUGUUAUUUGGCAACCAUUUAAGGGUUAUUGUUAUAUAUUUUUCCCAGAUAUGAAACAGUGGCCAGAUGCAGCUGCUAAUUGUAUACAACAUGGAGGAACACUUGCCAGCAUUGAAGAUCCUGCUGAGCAAACAUUUAUUCAAAAGAGUUUGAAAAUAUUUGAAGACAGCUACACCUCUUUCUGGAUUGGCCUGUAUAAAACUAAAAAAGGAGCGUGGAUGUGGUUUGACAAAACAAUUAUGGACUACACUAACUGGGGUGUAGGUGGACCUGAUUAUCACAACUAUGGAGCAAUUAGUACUUCCAAUGGGACAUGGUGGCAACGCAGCCAGUACCAUGGUAGACCAUACAUUUGCAAAACACCCAAAGUAUUAGUACCAAAACCAUCACCAACACCAACAUCUGUGAUUGUUCAUCAUGGCCACGUGGCUUUGGCUGUUGUGCUGACCAUUUCUGGGAUUGCAUUGGGGGCAGUCAUCGCCUUCCUCCUCUUCAAGAAGUCGGGUCGUCACUUACCAAUUCUUGACAACUUGCAUGCAUUUGACAACCCACUCUUCUCCAACACUGACCGGUCCCAGUCUGAUCUAUUGGACACCAAUAAACUAGUAGAGAAUGCAGAGGAAGAGAGCCCUCAAGCUAUUACAACUAACGGAUUAAAAGUAUCAGACUCUAAUGAGUAACAUACUCUAUCAAGGGCUUGCGGUCACUGGCUUUCUCCUUUGUAUGGCCAUUGAUUCCAUGGUCUCUUCUGGAACGGGAUGGGCUUCAACAGAGAUGGCAGAACGUGGCUCUAAUAGCCGAAGCAGUUGUGUUUGAAAUCAUGAUGAAUCAUACAUGUUGUAAUGACUAAG